AUGGAGCCAAAAGCUUUGACCGACUCACAUGUCUCCAAAGAAAGGCCAGAUAUGAAAAGACCAGCAUCCAUCGCCAGUAUCACUAAUACAUCACAAAAGAGAUCAAAGCUUUCUCACUCGGUAUCUCCAUCGGAUCAAAGCUCAUCUGCUAGUCUGAGUACAGUGGAUCAAUCAAACAGCAGUUCUCGGCUCCAGCUCCUUCAACAACUAGUUCAGGAGAUAUCUAAUGAUGAGGACGCUGCCAAUGCUGAUCCAGAGGUUAUGAGUGCAGUCUCUCAUCUAAGUGACGCAUUUUCUCGAAGCAGAAAACAAUCUCCAACUAAAAUCCUCCCGGGGACUCAUUCAACCAAAUCUUCAGGUCCUACAUCCAAAACGCUGGCACCGCCCUCCAUUCUGGAUCACAAGCUCGAGCGUGCCGUUUUUACCCACCCAGCUAUGAGCAACAAUAGCGAGAUGACGUAUGACCGGCUUGAAAUCCUUGGUGAUGCAUAUAUCGAGCUGAUUGCAACCAAAAUCAUCUGGAAGAUGUUUCCAAAGUUACCCGCGGGGAGAAUAUCGCAGAUUCGGGAGACUCUUGUCAAAAACGAAACUCUCUCCGGGUUUGCGGAGUCCUUUGGGUUUGACCGCAGGGUCUCUGCGCCGCCAGAUUAUAGUACCCCAUCAAAGCGAUGGACUAAAACAAAGGGUGACGUAUUUGAGGCAUACGUUGCAGCAAUCAUACUGUCUGAUCCAGUUGGCGGAUAUCAAUCAGCCGAAACCUGGCUAACCAAGUUGUGGAUGCCUAUUCUCAACGGUCUUGGUCAUCAGACGGGUGAGUUACGUUCGAAGGAGGCCCUGGCGAAGAAGAUCAUGGGCAAGAAUGUGAAGUUGGAAUACAUCGAGGCCCGUCCAUCGAUGCAGCACAAAGGAGGCACUCAAACUUUCUUCAUCGCUGUUUAUCUCACCGGGUGGGGAUGGCAUAAAAGGCUUCUUGGGUCAGGUCAGGGUCUGAGCAAAGCGGCUGCGGGCGACGAGGCUGCCAAAGAAGUCCUGCAAAAUGAAUCUCUCGUUCUUGAGAUCAUAUCAGCGAAACAGUCUGCAACAUUACCAAUGUAA